CCCCUUAAAAUUCCGGGCCCUUCCAGCCUCCACCCUCCCCCCAGCCCGUGUGACUAAACGGAGACAAAGGGGAGGCGGCCUCGCUCUCACGCGCGCUCGCGGGCCGGGUGGCGCGGACGGACGGACGGACGGACGCGGCGCCGCCACAUUCCGAUGCCCGGGAGGCGGCAGGCUCGCGGCGCGCACAGCUGAGCCGCUCCCCGCGUCGGCCCGGGCUGGCCUCGCCCCGGCCCGAUGCUCUGAGCUCGGCCGUCCUCCGCUCCCGACCCCCGCGGCGCCGAGGCCACGCCAUGUGAAGGUUCGAGCCGGGACAUCCCGAGGAGCCGCCGUGAAAGAUGGGGGAUGCUGCGGACCCCAGGGAGAUGAGAAAGACGUUCAUUGUUCCAGCCAUCAAGCCCUUUGACCACUAUGACUUCUCCAGGGCCAAAAUCGCCUGUAAUCUGGCCUGGCUGGUGGCCAAAGCCUUCGGGACAGAAAAUGUGCCAGAGGAACUUCGAGAACCAUUUUACACAGAUCAGUAUGACCAGGAACACAUCAAACCACCUGUUGUUAAUUUGCUUCUAUCGGCUGAACUAUACUGUCGUGCUGGGAGUCUCAUUCUCAAGAGUGAUGCUGCAAAACCUCUUUUGGGCCACGAUGCUGUAAUCCAGGCUUUAGCACAGAAAGGUCUUUAUGUCACUGACCAGGAAAAAUUGGUGACUGAACGAGAUCUCCACAAGAAACCCAUACAGAUGAGUGCCCAUUUGGCCAUGAUCGAUACUCUAAUGAUGGCGUACACUGUAGAAAUGGUCAGUAUAGAAAAAGUAAUUACGUGUGCUCAACAGUAUUCAGCUUUUUUUCAAGCCACGGAUCUGCCCUAUGAUAUCGAGGAUGCUGUCAUGUACUGGAUAAAUAAGGUAAAUGAACAUUUGAAAGACAUAAUGGAACAAGAACAGAAACUGAAAGAACAUCACACAGUUGAAGCUCCAGGAGGUCAAAAGGCUCGUUACCGGAAAGAGCAGACACUGCUUAAGCAGUUGCCCUGCAUUCCUCUGGUGGAGAAUCUGCUGAAGGACGGCACAGAUGGCUGUGCCUUAGCUGCCCUCAUCCACUUCUACUGCCCCGGUGUCGUCAGAGUGGAGGAUAUUUGUUUGAAAGAAACUAUGUCUUUGGCUGAUAGCCUGUAUAAUCUGCAGCUGAUUCAAGAAUUUUGCCAAGAAUACUUGAACCAGUGUUGCCAUUUCACCCUGGAAGACAUGCUCUAUGCAGCUUCAUCCAUAAAGAGUAAUUAUUUGGUGUUCAUGGCAGAACUCUUCUGGUGGUUUGAAGUUGUGAAGCCAUCUUUUGUACAGCCUCGUGUUGUUCAUCCACAAGGAGCUGAACCUGUGACAGAUACGCCUUCAUUUCCUGUCUUGAAUACUGCCAAAAGAAACGCGCUGGAUAGUUCGUGUAGUUCUGACUUUGCCUCCAGUGGGGAAGGAGCUACAUUCGCACAGUCUUACCAUCAUUUGCCUUCUAGAUACUCACGUCCCCAAGCUCAUUCUUCAGCCUCAGGAGGAAUCAGAAGGUCUUCAUCUAUGUCUUAUGUUGAUGGCUUCAUAGGGACAUGGCCCAAAGAGAAAAGGUCAUCAGUGCAUGGCGUUUCAUUUGAUAUUUCUUUUGAUAAAGAAGAUAGCGUACAGAGAUCCACUCCAAACCGAGGAAUCACUCGUUCUAUUAGUAAUGAAGGACUUACUCUGAAUAACAAUCGUGUAUCUAAACACAUUAGGAAAAAUUUAUCCUUCAAGCCAAUAAAUGGAGAAGAGGAAGCAGAAAGCAUUGAAGAAGAACUUAAUAUGGAUUCUCAUGGUGACCUCAAAUCUUACGUGCCCCUUAAUACAAACGAACUAAACUCUGAGAAUGUUCAUUACAAGCUUCCAAACGGAGCUUUACAAAAUAGAGUACUUCUAGAUGAAUUUGGCAAUCAGAUAGAGACACCAAGCAUUGAAGAGGCAUUACAGAUAAUUCACGAUACUGAAAAAUGUGCUCACACACCCCAGCCAGACCAAAUUGCUAAUGGCUUCUUUCUUCACAGCCAGGAAAUGAGUAUUCUCAAUUCAAACAUCAAGCUCAAUCAGUCUAGUCCCGAUAAUAUAACAGAUACAAAAGGUGCCUUGAGUCCCAUAACCGACAAUACUGAAGUAGAUACUGGAAUCCAUGUUCCUUCAGAAGAUAUUCCUGAAACUAUGGAUGAAGAUUCUUCUUUGAGAGAUUAUACUGUAAGCUUAGACUCUGACAUGGAUGAUGCAUCUAAAUUUCUUCAGGAUUAUGAUGCACGAACCAGCAACCCCAGAGAUGCUUUGAGUCCUUGUCCGAGUACUGUAAGCACCAAAUCUCAACCAGGUAGCAGUGCUUCUUCUAAUUCUGGAGUUAAAAUGACCAGCUUUGCUGAACAGAAGUUCAGGAAACUGAAUCACACUGAUGGAAAAAGUAGUGGAAGCAGUUCUCAAAAAACUACACCAGAGGGCUCUGAACUUAAUAUUCCUCAUGUGGUUGCUUGGGCACAAAUUCCAGAAGAAACAGGCAUUCCACAAGGACGGGAUACUACCCAGCUGUUGGCUUCUGAAAUGGUGCAUCUUAGGAUGAAACUAGAAGAAAAGAGGCGUGCUAUAGAAGCCCAGAAAAAGAAAAUGGAAGCCGCUUUUACUAAACAGAGGCAGAAAAUGGGAAGGACGGCCUUCCUUACUGUAGUGAAAAAGAAAGGGGAUGGGAUUUCCCCUCUUCGAGAGGAAGCAGCUGGUGCAGAAGAUGAGAAAGUGUAUACUGAUCGAGCAAAGGAAAAGGAGUCACAAAAAACUGAAGGGCAGAGGAGCAAGUCUCUGGCAGACAUAAAAGAAAGCAUGGAGAGUCCUCAGCCCAAGUGGCUAAAGUCCCCAGCCACACCUGUGGAUCCUGAGAAGCAGUGGAACCUGGCAAGCCCCUCAGAAGAAACUUUAAAUGAAGGAGAGAUUUUAGAAUAUACAAAAUCCAUUGAAAAGUUAAAUUCAUCCCUGCAUUUUCUGCAACAAGAAAUGCAGCGCUUGUCACUUCAGCAGGAGAUGUUAAUGCAGAUGAGAGAGCAGCAGUCCUGGGUGAUCUCUCCUCCACAACCCUCUCCACAGAAGCAGAUCAGAGAUUUUAAGCCUUCCAGGCAGGCAGGCCUGUCAUCAGCCGUCGCGCCCUUCCUGUCCGACUCCCCUCGUCCCACUCACCCGUCUCCGCAGUCUUCUAACAGGAAAAGCACAUCUUUUUCUGUUAAAAAUCAAAGGACUCCUAGGCCAAAUGAGUUAAAAAUAACACCUUUGAAUCGAACCUUGACUCCCCCCAGGUCUGUGGAUAGUCUUCCUCGGUUAAGGAGGUUUUCACCAAGUCAAGUUCCUAUUCAGACCAGGUCAUUUGUAUGUUUUGGGGACGAUGGAGAACCUCAGUUAAAGGAAUCCAAACCUAAAGAGGAAGUUAAAAAGGAGGAGUUGGAAUCCAAAGGGACUUGGGAACAGCGUAGUGGACGUGAUCCAGAAGAAAAGGAGAUCAAACCUUUUGAGUCAACAGUUUCUGAAGUCCUGUCACAGCCUGUCACAGAGACUGUGUGCCUGACAUCAAAUGAGGACCAACCGAAUCAACCCACAGAACCACCUCCUAAACCCCUCCUCCCCCCUACCACUUCUAAAAAUGUUAACCUGAUUGAAGUUUCCCUCUCAGAUUUGAAACCCCCUGAAAAGGCUGAUGUAUCUGUUGAAAAAUAUGAUGGAGAAAGUGAUAAAGAACAAUUUGAUGAUGACCAGAAAGUAUGCUGUGGAUUCUUUUUUAAGGAUGAUCAAAAAGCAGAAAAUGAUAUGGCAAUGAAACGGGCAGCUUUGUUGGAGAAACGACUAAGAAGGGAAAAAGAAACUCAGCUUCGGAAACAACAGCUGGAAGCAGAAAUGGAGCAUAAGAAAGAGGAAACAAGGCGAAAAACUGAGGAAGAACGUCAGAAGAAGGAAGAUGAGAGAGCACGCAGAGAAUUUAUUAGGCAAGAAUAUAUGAGGCGAAAACAACUGAAACUAAUGGAAGAUAUGGAUACAGUAAUCAAACCUCGUCCUCAAGUAGCAAAACAAAAAAAACCGCGACCAAAAUCUAUUCACAGGGAUCAUAUUGAAUCCCCCAAAACACCAAUAAAGGGUCCUCCAGGAUCACGAAUUUGUCGUGUUUUUUCAGUCUCUAGCCUUUCUUUGGCAUCGCUAAAUACAGGUGAUACCGAAAGUGUGCAUUCAGGCAAGAGGACACCAAGGUCAGAGUCUGUAGAAGGCUUCUUAUCUCCAAGUCGCUGUGGCAGUCGAAACGGAGAAAAGGACUGGGAAAAUGCAUCCACAACUUCUUCAGUGGCUUCUGGGACGGAAUACACAGGACCAAAGCUCUACAAAGAACCCAGUGCAAAAUCCAAUAAACAUAUAAUACAAAAUGCUUUAGCUCAUUGCUGUUUGGCUGGAAAAGUAAAUGAAGGUCAGAAGAAAAAAAUACUGGAGGAAAUGGAGAAGUCAGAUGCCAACAACUUCUUAAUCUUGUUCCGGGAUUCAGGCUGCCAGUUCAGGUCUUUGUAUACUUAUUGCCCAGAAACUGAAGAAAUCAAUAAACUGACUGGGAUAGGCCCUAAAUCUAUCACUAAAAAAAUGAUUGAAGGACUUUACAAGUACAAUUCUGACAGGAAACAGUUUAGCCACAUACCUGCUAAAACCUUAUCUGCCAGUGUUGAUGCAAUCACAAUUCAUAGCCAUUUGUGGCAGACCAAAAGACCGGUAACACCUAAAAAACUUUUACCCACUAAGGCAUAGGACUUGGGAAAUAUUUGCUUCAGAACAUUCGUGGUAAAUUUGCACUUCAUCUUUCCUGCCUAUAGAAAAUCUUUCUAAUUGCCAACAAGACUUUUAUUAAUUAAAACUGGACAUUAAGCUCUGUUGUCAUGAACAACUGGAAUGUAAACCACAGUAUUUUGGAAUGCAGAAGAUUCUCGCUUAGGUGAUAAGUCCAAGUGAUGAAGUAAAUGUUUUGAUCCACAAAGGGGAGAUGUGUAUGUGUUAUUGCGUUCACCUGCUUGAUCUUAGAUACACUGAAGCACUGAAUUUUCGUGGAUACUAGUUGGACUUAAGGUUGAAAUAUGGCUGAGAUUACAAAUCGUGUGUUUGUUGUUUUUUUUUUUUACCUUUUAAUGUACAUGCUUGUCUUUACAUGGUUUAUUUUGCUAUUUUUCUCUCCUGGGGGUUUAUUCUAAGAUACCUUUGUAUUUUGUUUCAUGUGAAGAUCAUGAAAGUAGGAUAUACACCUUCAGAAGUAACUUGCACCUUUCUUAGGAUGUUAAGAGAAACACUAGGGUUUAGUUUUAUAGUAACCCUCAUUUUAAUGGUAGUAGAGCAUUUGCAAAAAUUAUUCUGCCAAGCAUUUACAGUUCUGUAUUUAUUAUUCACUCAAGUAUUAACAUUUCUCUAUUAAAUAAGAAGAGGUAUUGUAAAGAGCUGCUACUAGGUUCGCUUUAAACCACAUGAGCUUAACCAAGAAUAUAAGAAGUCGCUGAUUUUUUUACACCACUUCUGGCCAACUCAGAAUAAUUUAGAUUGUUCUUUUAACAAAAAAGGCUUUCUAUCUCUUUAAGUAAGUCACUUUAUAAGCUGGCAGAAGUGAAUGACACUUUGAGAGUAGUCUUUCAGGCUGAAGAUGUAAGACUUCCUGGAGCAAGUUCUCAAGAGGUCUUUGUUAUAUUUAUAACUGAUAUAAAAUUAUAUUUAGAAUUUUUAAACAUGUACAAAGGGCUACAUUUUAAUUUUAAAAUAGCUUCACAUUAUUUUACUUAUAUUGGGUUUUUCUUCUUUUCAAUCCUUUUCAAGUGGAAAAGCUUAGAUUGAGUACACACUUGAAAUGUCCUCCACAUAAUCUUGGUUCCUUAACAGUGUAUACCAGAGGGUUAGUUGGGGAAAAACUUCAUUCUCAGGAAAAGACUUGAAUGAUUACGUGACCCUGUUAUGUUUCAGUGUUGUGACAACUGUGUUAAGCCAGGGGGGAGAGACAGCAUUGUAUCAUAAAUGAGAUGCGUAGUUCAUUUUCUUUCAUGGGAAGUAGAGAUGAAAAUAUAUACAUUUCUCCUGUUGAGAUGUUUAGAGAGAGAACUAAUGUCUCAUAUGAUGUAAUUACUUAUUUUAAAAGAAAAGAAUAGGAAUGAGAUGUCCCUGAGCUGUACUUUUCUAUUAUUAUAAGGCCUUUAGGCAUCAGUGCAUCUGGGUUAUCAACAUUUUCUGAAAUGCUGUCAAUAUUUUACUGUAAUUUAUGUUCUUAUAUUUAUGUAUAUUUGUUAAAACUGUAAAAAAAAUUUCAGAUUUUUUUUCCAAUACCUGUGCAAGAUACAUGUGUAGCUCAAAACUAUUUGUGAUCUACUGUUUGCAUGUAAGAGACCAGGAUAUGUAACUCUUAUAUUUUAAGUGUAUACAUAUUGUGUAUAUAAUAUAUGAAUAUUAAAAAUGGGGAAAUGCACAUUUUACCUUUCAGACAACAAUUUCUAUCACAAUUAGAAGGAAAUGAUUGUCAAAUACAUGUUUAGAUUAAAACUAGUUUUGAAAAUCUAAGUGAAUGUAAUCAAAAUGUGUCAAAAGGAGAAUUUAAUAAGCAUUUUACAUUACUAAAUUUGUUCAUUUCAGUUAAAUUUCCCUUAUCAAAGCAAUCUUUGUGAUAUUACUUGGCUAUUAAAUAAAGAAAAAUUGGAUGCAAGAGAAUGGAGGAACUAUUUGAAACUAAACAGGACCAUCCUUUAUUCUUAAAUUUGCGCAUGUCCAGCAGCUGAAUUGAAUGAAUGUGAUGUCUAAAGGUAGAAUGUGCAUACUGCUGCCAACUUCAUUGCUCUCAGUAUAAGAUUUUACUUUAUUAAUGCAGAAGGAAUAUGGAUAUAUUUCUUUAAGUCUGCAGAUUUUUUAUUAUGGUGCAGCUUUUUUUUUAAAUUAUGUUUUUAAAAUUAUACAAAUGAAAAAUAUGCCAUUUCGUAAAGUCUGGGGAUUUUCAUCAGCCUUCCUGAAACACACUGGUGCUUUCACCAUCAGAGGUCAAAUUAUUAUGAUAAUUAUCCGAUUAAAUUGGCCAAAUACUUGUCAGGAUUGCCCGUGCAGCCUGUGAGAUUCUGCUACUUGACACAGCAUUGGAAAGCUUUUAAUUCUCAGUUUUUCAAUUUUGUAUUAGAAUGAUGGUUAUAGUUUUUAUUUGGCUGUUUAAAGUCAAAUUCAGCAUUUAAUUACGGUUUCAUGGACACUGUUGAGCAAUGUACAGUGUAUGGUGUGCCUACCUGUCCACUCCAGAGCAUUGCUUACUGAUUUUUUUAAGAUGCUGUGCUGUAAAAUACUGUCAUAUUUACUAUUUCCUGGUACAGUGUAGUUUUUCCCCUUUCAUUUGAAUAAAAGCAUGGCACCAAA